GGGUGAGGCGGAGAAAGCUCUGGACAAGAUUGGGUGAGGUGGGGGCAGCGGAGUCAUAUGAGGCCUCGGAGUUGGAUCCGCUGUUGCUCCUUGCCUUGACUCGGCCGGAUAGGGAAAGGACAUGGAGCGCGGGUGUUGUGUGUUUGCUGGUCUGCUCGUCUUCCUGGGCUUAUGGGCCCUGUCGGCUGCUGACCCGGUGAAGUUCAUGGACUGCGGUUCAAAAUCAGGGAAUCUUACCAUGGUGGAUAUCACUGCCUGUCCUUCCUUGCCAUGUCAACUUCACAAAGGAAAAACGUAUGGUGUGAACGUCACCUUCAUUAGCUUAACUACAAGCAAAACGAGCAAAGCUGUGGUUCAUGGUAUCCUGUCUGGCAUUCCACUUCCUUUCCAUCUCCCUAAUGAUGAUGGUUGUAAAUCUGGAAUUCAGUGCCCUAUUCGAGUAGGUCAGCAGUACAACUACAUCAAUUCUUUGGAGAUCAAAGAGGAAUAUCCCUCAGUUAAAUUGCUGGUUAAAUGGCAGCUGCAGGACGAUAAGGACAGAGACAUCUUCUGUUGGGAGAUUCCCAUUGAGAUUUCCAGCUAAAUCACCAGCUCUAAUAACAGCUGAUUUUUUUUUUCAUUUUGAAGAUUGUUUAAUCAACUGCACAAUGGAAAAUUAAGCCAAACUGUACAAAAGAACAAUUUUCAUUUAAGAACUUGAACAAAUUUGUAAUUUCAUAAUGUCAUUUUUUUAGAAAUUCUGUGACAUGUUCUUGACUUUUAAUAUAGAUCAAUUUUGUAAACUAACCCUGCAUGGACCAAUAAUAAAAUAAGACAACUAUG